GCACGACCAGUAAACGUCAGUUACGUUGCGUUCAGUCACAGCAGGCGAGAAUAACAUUUAAAUUUCGUUCUAUAUUUGAACGGAAAACGCGGGAAAGUUCCAUGUGUCAAUGUCAAAAUAGUUGCGUUAAUGUACUACCGGGAAAAUAAAAUGGAAUUUAAGUUUGCUGUUGUCUUUAUAAUAUUGUUGUCAACAAAAGGAUCUUACUCGUGUAAUAAUGAUAUAUCUAUUAGUCCACCAAUUAUACAGGAAUCAAAAAGAGCAACCACACCUAUAUAUCUCGAAUGCCACUGUAUUGGUUCAAAGGUAAAAGCCAAUCUUAAAUGGUUGGAUAUUAACAACAAGGAAAUUGAAGCAUUACGAUCAGGUCCAAAACCGGAUAUGUAUACAGAAAUACAACAGAACAAAAUCAGUCUACAUAUACCGAGUUUAAGCAAAACUAUGUCGGGAGCUUACAAGUGUAUUAAUGAACACAAUAAUGGAAGCAGUAAUGAAAUUCAGCAAUAUAUAUUGGAUGUUUACGAGCGACCUUCAAUCCGCAAGGAUGAUAAGCAAUUCAUUUCAUUGGGAAAAGAUUCCAAAAUAAAAUGCGAGACAUUUGCCGUCACUCUUCCCAUGAUCAGCUGGCAUAAAAAAUCUGACGACCUCAUAAAGAUAUUUAGCGACGACAAGUAUGAAAUAUUUUCCGAUGGACUUCUUAUAAGAAAUGUAACACAAGAAGAUGCCGGCAGUUAUCUUUGCUCAGUGUUGGACCUAAAGUACAGCGAGGAAGUGGAUAUGGAGAUUGCUGUCGAAGUAAUGAUUGAGCCAAAAAUAGAACAUCUCGUAGCCAGUCCAGACCGAACGCUAAUUGCUGGAGAAGCAUUAACGUUAGAAUGUAUUGCUGAUGGUGUACCGUACCCUGAAUUUACUUGGAGCAAGAUUACAAACACGAACCCAGCUGUAAAUAAUACAAAUUGGAUCGUCUUAGAAAACAAAAUAUUGUUUGAGAACAUAACAGGAGAAGACCAAGGAACUUACGAAUGUACAGCAAAAAAUAACGCUGGCGAAGCGAAGAAACAACUCGUAAUUGAGGUUUUAGUUCCACCACAAAUAACGGAAUUUAGUAAUAAAACUGUCCCCGUUGGAUCGGUUGCGCAAAUAGUUUGCAACACAAUCGGCCGACCGACACCUAACGUCUCCAUCAUUUUCAUAGGAAACGGUAAUGAUGAGGAGCUCAGUGAAUCUACUGAGGAUGAUAUUUUGAACAAUUUGUCAUUCAUAACAGUAGACUCAUCGUAUGAAGGUUUUUAUAUCUGUAACGCCAGUAAUGAAAUUGACUUUGUAACCAAGACGAUGUAUUUGUCUGUAUUGAAAAAGCCAUAUUUCAAACAACCAAAUGAAACUAUAUGGGGUUGGAAUGGGAAAACAGUUAAUCUGAGUUGUGAAAGCGAGGCAAACCCCAAGCCAAAUAUAACAUGGAUAUAUUUAGGUAACGAGAAACAAUCGCUGGAUGAUUUUAAUGUAAAGAAACAGUUUGUGGAAAAAUUAAACGAAAAAUCCGACACUUAUUACUUCCCUAUACACAUUACAACAAAUUCAACCCAAUUAUAUGGAGUUUUCCAAUGUGUCGCCAGAAAUAACUUAGGAGAAGCAACAAAAUAUAUUUAUUUCCGAGAAGGCUUCGUUCCACCUCCUAUCAAGCAUGCGUCAGGAGCCACAACAGCCACUUCCGCCUCUUUCCAAAUCGUCGGACCGGACUACUUGGUCGGACCACCAAUAAUAGGCAUCACUUGCGAAUACGACGAGGCUAGUAAUUAUGGUAUUACAGAUAUCCACAAAAAUAGAACUUGGUCCAUUGACAGAGAGUUUAAAUUAGAUAAAUUAAAACCUCAAACGACUUAUAACAUAAAAUUCGCAGCACAAAAUGAAGUUGGCAUCGGAGAGUGGAGCGCGCCUUUUAUUUUUGAGACGCUUAAACCGUCAACACCAAACUCACCUGUUUGGGAAGUGGAUUCCCCAGUGGUAAAUGUAUCGAAACCCAACCAACUACUCAAGUGGAAAGCGGCGGAUGAUAACGGUGACCCUAUAGAUUAUUAUACACUACGUUAUUGUCUGAAUUGCGAGAUUGAUGAGGAGUCGUGCAAAAAAAUGAACAUCAACACAAUAAAUGAAUUACAGUUGAACACAAAUAUAUUUAAUACAAAUACGACGUAUUGUAUAGAGCUGCUUGCACAUAACCACAUGGGGGAUUCAGAUGCUGCCAGUAUUACUGUUCAUGUGGCAGCUUUAGUUACGGAGCAUACGCCGGUGCUAUCGGCUGGUGCUAUAAUUGGUAUAGCCGUGGUAGUAGUAUUACUAGCUCUACUAAUACUGGACUUGAUACUUCUUAUUUGGAGACAACAAGGAAUUAUAGCUAAUUGUUACUACAAGAAAAACAAAAAAAGGAAGGACGACAACUUACAAACACGCGACAAAAAAGGUUUAUUAAGAGCAAACUGUGAGUCAGUGACAGAAGAUAGUUUGAAUAAACCGGGAAUAAAGCACAAGGAAUAUGAAUACAAUAAAACUACGGGUAUCAUAACUGGAAAACAUUCUGCUGUAUAGAUAUAAAUUAACAGACGAAUUGUUUAUGUUGAACAUGAAAUCAAAAUUAUAUUAUGUAUAAAAUUAGUCUUUAAUUAUAUUAUAUAUUUCUUAAAAAAUACAUUUUUUGUGAUUUUUAACCAGAUAAAUGUUAAAAUUCAUAUUGGAUUUGUUAUUAAUAUUUAACGAAGGUUUCCUAUGUUUUUACCAUUUCAGAAGUUGUUAUUUCCCAUUCCCAUAUAUUGAAAUACGGCUUCGUUGUGUUUAUUUACUUCUUAACAUCUUACAUGUGAGUAGGAACAUCUGCGUAAAAUUUAGUAUUAAACCCAGCAGUUCAAGUUAUGUAUCUUAUAGUGUUUUGUUUUUAUUGAAUUUAUAGGAAUAAAGUUAUAAAUUUAAGUAUAAAAUGAUUAAAACGCAAUUUCAUUUUCUACUUAAUAAAAUUAUUUUACAAUGUACCUAUAAAUAAUUAAUUUGUAUCUGUUUUGAUUAUGUAUGUUUGAGGAGAAACAAUGUUUGAAUGUUACAAUAUAUUUUAUGUUGAAUAACUUAUUUAAUAGUGUUUAUUAUUGUAAAUAUUAUAUUAUUUGAUUUGGCGACAUUUUUUUAAUUACCAGCAAUAGUGUGAAAAUAUCGUAUAGUUUGACUGUGGAUAUUUAACACAGAAUCAUCUCUCUUAACAAACAAAUAGAAUAUAUAUCUUUUUAACCAUUUUUGAACUGUUUUAAAGAUUUAAUAUAAUGUCACCGAUGUUGUUAUAUAAAUAUAUUGUAUU